AGUUAGCAGCAAAUAAUUGAAAAGGACGAGGGUCAAAGCGAGACGUUAAGUUAGUUUACAAGACGACGUCAACAUGUUGAAAGAGAUGGUAAAGGAGCGACUAAUGGCGGCAGCUGAGGAGAUAUUUUCGCAGUUUGAAAGAACGAUAGUGUCGUACGAGGAGGAACUUUACAGAACAAGAGAGGAGAACGAUCGACUUCGACAACAACUACAAGAUGUUUACAAGAAUCACACUGAUGUCCAGCAGACUAGUCACCCUCAGUUGCAUGGGGGGAGCUCCACUUUGAAGCAGGAGGCCCCCCAUUGUAAAGAGGAAGAGGAGGAACUCUGGACCACUCAGGAGAGAGAGUGUCUUCUAGGGCUGGAGGAGGUUGACCUCACUAAGUUCCCACCGACCGGUGUCUCUGUGAAGUCCGAGAACCGUAAAGGCAGAGCACCUAAGUCCUCACGGCUUCAUCACAGCCCAAGUAAGGAGAACAGAGGGGCGGAGCCUCCAAGCAGCAACUUACGACAUCACAUGACAACAGAAGCUGAUGGAAACGGCUGUGGAGGAUCACAAGCAGACAAUCUGAUUGCACCACUAUCAGACAGUGACGACACUGAAGAAAGGGACGACACCCAAGGACCUAUGAGCAGUGAUACAGACUGUGAAGGUGAUAUCAGGACUCACACUGACCAAAAGAAGACCGGUGAUAAAAGUUUGACCUGCACAGUUUGUGCUAAAACAUUUACUCAAAAGUGCAAUUUGACUCAGCACAUGCGAACACACACAGGAGAAAAACCCUUUAUUUGUUCAGUUUGUGGUCAAAGAUUCUCUACGAAAGGAGCGAUGAUACUGCACAUGAGAAGGCACACGGGAGAAAAACCUUUCUGUUGCUCCGUUUGUGGCGAGCGCUUCUCUCGAAAGGGGAAUGUGGUGACACACAUGAGAACGCACACAGGAGAAAAACCCUUUUGGUGUUCAGUUUGUGAUAAAAGAUUCGCUCAAGACGCAACAUUUCGAUCACACAUGAGAACGCACACGGGAGAAAAACCCUUUAGUUGUUUAGUUUGUGAUAAAGCCUUCGCUCGGAAGCUAACAAUGGUAUCACACAUGAGGACACACACUGGGGAAAAACCUUUUAGUUGUUCAGUUUGUGGUAAAAGAUUCUCUCAAAAGUCAAAAAUGGUAUUACACGUGAGAACACACACGUGAGAAAAACCCUUUAGUUGUUCAGUUUGUGGUAAAAGAUUCUCUCGAAAGGUUAACAAUAUAACACACGAGAACAUACACCGGAGAAAAAGCUUGUCAAGAAGGGUUGGCUCACGUUUUAACCAAAGAAACGUUCAGUGUUCUUUCUUAAAAAGACAAUACACAAAGUCAAAAACCGGAGAACGCUAGCUCCAUCAAAAUAAUGUACUACAAGCUGACCAGUGACAGCCUUUAAUGUCUGCAUCACUGCAAUGCAAGGUACGAUUUUUUUUGGAGGUUUCACGUCAAGCUGAGCUAAGGUUCAAAGGGGGUAGCGAGCCCAGGCAGGAGCAUAACCCAGGCUUUAGUCCUGGAGCAAAAUGGCAUUCUGUAAAAGCAAACGAAUCGGUAUUAAAAAGUGAAAGUUUUUUUUUACGAUUUUGUGUAGCCUUGUAGUCCGAACUUUGAUCCAGAUAUGACAAUAGUAACGGUAAACAGUAAAGUUAUGUACUUUACCAAAAAGCUAUACUUUGGUCUAUCUGUCCCAAUGACAUUCUCACAGAUUUACACAUUAUUAUUAUUAUUAUUAUUAAAUAAAAAUAAACCACAUUAUUUACACUGGUUAUAUAUUUACAUAUAAUUUGAAAAUUAUAAGCAAUGAAAGGAUUGUGUGUAUUGAUUUUUCUUUUGGAGUGGAUAUUUUUUGCUGCCUGGGUCGGACACACCCACAGCCCGAUACUAAACCGCACCCCAGUGGUUAGGGACCCCUCGUGCAGCCAUACUCUGAAGCAAAUAAGACUUUCUAGUAAGCUUUGAACUGUCAGAAGUCGCUUUUGUUUAGUUUGUUUUGCACACAUUCUUUGUAAUAUAAAACAGAUUAUGACCUGUUCGCAGCUCACUUCUGUCUUUCCUUAUGUCUUCCUCACGUGGAGCAUAUUUCAUCAGUACCGCCGCAAGGUGGCAGCCGCGUAACGUCAAGGAUGCAUAAUCGGGGUGAAGCACGAAAUUCUGGUCCUCCAUAAUUAAGACUCCUGAAGCCCCAUACAUUUUGUCCACAAGAUGGCGCACUUACACUUAAGACCAUCUUAAAGCCGCUUAUGCAAAUGUCUACGUGUUGUUGCAAGUAUUUCAUUCUUGAAUAAAUGUGACAGGUUAAUCACGAUAAUCAUGACCAUCUCAUUUUUUGUGUUGAAGGCCACAUCAAUUUUGCAUAUCAAUCCUGUCCUUGUAUUAGUUCAGGCUAUUAAAAUAAAUUAGAAUAUUGCGCAAAGGUUAUUUGAUUUCAGGAGUUCAAUACAGAGUAGGAGCAAUUAAAGGCUUGGGAAGCUUUAACAGUUCAUUUGCGGAUUAGAGCGCGAACCAGUAGUUUAUAAUAAUUAACAUUUUGGCCUUUUUUUAUUAGUCGUAAGAAGUACACAUUUGAAAUAUUAAUAGUGUAUAUAAGAGUUUCAUUUUUUUUAACUGGGCUGCAGUACUGAAAAAUUCAAAUUUAUUGAAAUGCACCUGUAUAUCCAGUCCGCCUCUCGCCCAAAGUCAGCUGGGAUAAUCUCCAGCAUACCCCCGCGACCCUAAUAACAAUAAGCGGCAUAGAAAGAUAUAUAGAUAUAUAUAUAGAUGUAUAUAGAUAUAUAGAUAAAUAGAUGGAGGGAGGGAUGCACCUGUAUAUAUGUGUGUGUUUUUAUUUUUAAAAAAUAACGUUUUUUUAAAAAGAAAAAACAUACAUCAAGUAUGAAAGUGGCCCCCUGCAUCCUUUGAUUUUUCAUUGUGUGCCCCUUGGUGGACACCUUGGACACCUUUCUAUCAGGCACAGUCAUGUGAAGAAAUCUGUCAGCAGUGCUGAUCAAAUGCACAUUACAGUGCAGUGCGCACCAGUAAACAGACAAUGGAAGAGUCAAUAACACAUUUAUUGACCCAGACUGGUUUGGUGUGUGUAUCUUUGGAGGUGCUCCAUCGUCAUGUGACGUUUUGGCCACUUCAAUCGUAAACAAUUUGAUACACAUAGAGGGAAAAAUCUUAUGAAUCACAUAUUGAAAUAACAAUGGAUGAUUAAAAUUUGAUUAAAUAUGAGUUUGUGACGUUUUCAUAAUAUUUUUGUUUUGCGGAACAACAGUAGAAACUGAAAAAAAAAACCCCAACCAAAUCUGCAUUCAAUAUGUCUAACUUUAUAGCAGUUUUUCUGUUGCAUGUUUCCCCCUGCAGCUGUGUGGUGACGGCAACUGUUGAAGCGGGAGGCUUCUACGCAAAUGUGCUCUGCAGGUUGGCCCUCCAUUGGUUGAAACCACAGUCAGAUUCUCCUGCGAAAUUAUCUGAUUGGAAAUCAGGGAGGGGAGAAAAGAAAGAGCAACAAGUGCGAUGCUUCGACGCUGGUUUGCAUUUGGGACUUGAAGGAAAGGAUUUUUUUUGCGACUUGCACUGUAAAGAAAAGGGACAAGGAGUUCAUAGUUUUUCUUUCAAACUUGCUGCGUUUACGGUGUUCUCAACGCCUCAUGGCUUGGAGGUUCAUGUCAGGAGGUCCCACAGUGGAACGAGACCUUUUGGCUGCAACAUCUGCAGAAAAACCUUUGGCCAUGCCGUCAGUCUAGAGCAACAUAUGAACGUCCACUCUCAGGAGAAAAGUUUUGAGUGCAAGAUGUGUGGGAAGUCCUUUAAGCGCUCCUCCACGCUCUCCACGCACCUCCUCAUCCAUUCCGACACGAGGCCUUACCCCUGUCAGUUCUGCGGCAAGAGGUUUCACCAGAAGUCUGACAUGAAGAAACACACGUACAUUCACACCGGUGAGAAACCCCACAAGUGCCAAGUGUGUGGCAAAGCGUUCAGUCAGAGCUCCAACCUGAUCACCCACAGUAGGAAACACACAGGCUUCAAGCCAUUUGGAUGUGACAUUUGCUCCAAAGGGUUCCAGCGCAAGGUAGACCUUCGCAGGCACCACGAGAGCCAGCACGGCAUGAAGUGAGGCGUCGACAAAUGACACACGUGUCCGCUUUAUUUUAUUUUGAAUAAUAACAUUGAGAAAGUUUCUGAUGUACUUUUUGAAACAUGCACAGUAAAUGAAAAUGUAUUGAGUUAAUAUAUUGGAAGUUACCUGCUUUCAAGUGUUUACAAAUGUGAGGGUACUACUGUCUUUUUGGCUUUUUGUUGUCCAGGAAUCAUACCCAUAUAUGACUUCUUUGCCAUUGUAUUUAAAAUAUGUGUGGAUGUAACAUGAUGGAUGGUCUUUAUGAGUUAUUACAUGCUGUUUAUGAAAAUAAAGA